AUGGUGACUCGUGAUUACACUACUUUCCACUUUCCUCUUCUAAAGAAAGAGAAUUAUGAAAAAUGGUGCAUUCGCAUGAAAGCAUUGCUUGGAUCUCAAGGUGUAUGGGAGAUUUUUGAAAAAGGCUAUGAUGAGCCACAAGAUGAAGAGGGAUUGUCUCAAGUUGCGAAGGAGGCUUUGGCAAAAACAAGGAAGAAGGAUCAACAAGCUCUUACUCUUAUUCAUCAAUGUUUGGAUGAUUCUAUGUUUGAGAAGGUUGUCGAUGCUAAAAAUUCAAUGGAAGCUUGGAAGAUUUUGGAAAAAUCACUCCAAGGCAUUGACAAGGUGAAGAAGAUAAGACUUCAAUCUCUAAGGGGAGAUUUUGAAGCUUUGAAGAUGAAGGAUUCUGAAUCAAUUUCAGAUUAUUGCUCAAGGGAAUCGAAAGAUCUUGACUCAAUAUCCAUUGAGGAAUUAGAAGGUUCAUUGCAAGCUCAAGAAGAAAGAAUGAAGAAAAGGCAAGAGGAUCCAUUAGAGCAAAUUCUCAAGAUCAAAGCUUCGUUGAAGGAUGACAGAGGAUUCAAUAGUCAAAACGGACAUGGACGUGAACAAGGAAAAGGACGAGGAUGUGGUCGUGGCCAAGGAGGAAGAGGAAAAGGUUUCAAUCGUGAAUCAAACUACAAAGAAAGAAGUCACUCAUCACUAAGAAUUCAGGAAGAGGAAGAGGUUAUGGUUGUUAUCAAAGUCAAAGGAGAGGAAGAAGAGGCUAAUCUUAUUGACAAAGAAGAGGCUAAUCUUAUUGACGAAGAUGAAUAG